ACAAGCGGCAAAAUGAGUAAGAAACAGAUGUCUUUGGAAAGUUUCUUUGCAAAGGGGAAAAGGCCCAGUGAAGAGACAGGAGAAGAGCCCAGUUCCAAGAAAAAGAAAGCUUUUAAUAGACAAUACCAGGAGUCCUAUUUGAAAUAUGGAUUUAUCCCAGUCGGUGAUUCCCACAAACCGAACCCGCUAUGUAUAGUAUGCGGCGACCGGCUCGCUAAUGAGGCAAUGAAGCCUUCAAAACUGCUUCGCCACUUGGAGACCAAGCACCCAGGAUUAAAAGACAAGCCCCUGGAGUAUUUUGAAAGAAAAAAACAGGAACACGAUGGACAGAAGAAAUUACUGAGGGCCACCACAUCAGUAAAUGCUAAUGCACUGAGAGCAUCGUACUUGGUGGCUAACCGUAUUGCUAAGGCUAAAAAGCCAUUCACUAUUGGUGAAGAACUGAUCCUGCCCUCCACUGAAGACAUUUGCCGGGAACUUCUAGGAGAGGCUGCUGUUAAAAAGAUCGCACAGGUGCCUCUGUCGGCUGGCACCGUGACUCGGCGCAUUGAAGACAUAACAGAAGACAUUGAGACACAAUUGUUGGAGAGGAUUAAUACAUCACCCUGGUACGCACUCCAGGUUGACAAAUCUACAGAUGUGUGCAAUAUCUUUAUCAGGAGGAUGUGCAUGAGAAUGUUGUGUGCACUGUUGUUGCCAACCAACACCACCGGCCCAGAACUGUUUAAGUCGCUGGAUGGUUACAUAUCAGGGAAACUGGUCCUCUGUGUCGGCAUAUGCACAGACGGAGCUGCUUCGAUGACCGGACGGCCUUGUUUAACUGCUCGGAUAAAGGAAGUUGCACCUGAAUGUGGAUCUAUACAUUGUAUCAUUCACAGGGAAAUGCUGGCAAGCCGAAAGAUGCCACCAGAGUUGAACAGUGUAUUGAAUGAUAUUGUUAAAGUUAUUAACCAUGUCAAAGCACACGCCCUUAACUCGCGCUUGUUUGAGCAACUUUGUGAGGAGAUGGACGCAGAGCACCGACGCCUCCUCUUAUACACCGAAAUAAGAUGGUUAUCCCGAGGGAAAUCGCUGACCAGAGUGUUUGAGUUACGUGAGCCGCUGCAAAGAUUUCUCUCAGAGAAGAAGUCCCCGCUGGCAGCACAUUUCAGUGACGAGGAAUGGGUCGCAAAACUGGCUUACCUGUGCGACAUAUUCAACCUGCUCAAUGAACUCAAUCUGUCACUUCAGGGGAAAAUGACAACUGUCUUCAAGUUGGCAGAUAAAGUAGCUGCAUUUAAAGCCAAACUGGAUUUGUGGGGACGGCGCGUAAACAGAAGCGUAUUGGACAUGUUUCAAACAUUAGCGGGGAUUUUGGGUGAGACUGAGCCUGAUCCGUCAUUCUCCCAGCUGGUGCACAAUCACAUGUCUUUGCUUUUAAAGCAGUUUGAGCGCUACAAAAGACCCACGAACUGGCAAGGAAUGGAUCCGCGACCCAUUUGUCAACAAACCAGGUGA